AUGAAGUCAUCUUUACCGCACAUGCUCCCGGUGGGAGAGUGCAACCCACCCAAUGAAAAGCAUUCUGUAAGCGUGUCCUUACCGACAUGGGAGUCCGUCGCUGCAUGGGGUCGUCGAGAGCAAUGGUUGUUGGAUUCGAUGCAAACAUGCUAUCCACGGUUUGGCAUGCAUCCAUCUGUACACACACUGAUGGAUGCCGUAUGCACCCGGCUUUGCCUCCCCAAAAAUGUGAGCUGUCUGAUCUUUCCUUCGGCAGAUGCCGCAACAAGGUGUAAAGCCAAAUUAGCAAUUGAACAUCCCGACGAAACUGUUCAAAUAGCCAAAUUUUCACCGCACCCGUCAGCAGGCAGAGAAGCUUUGCGAUGGGCCCCUUUCGUUGUCAUCCUCUUUAGCCAGACAUGUGUCCCCUCAGCUAUGCAUUUCUGGAAAGUGUUCGGGGACGGAAUUGCCGGUCGUCAUGCGGAGUAUUGCCUCGAAGCGCUUCCCUCGAUGGAUUCUCACGCGGAGGACCCUGCACUUGCAACUCCAGCUCCGUGCAGGGAUUUCCCAAAGCGGGAUACUCAAUGGAUCAACUCGGCUGAAGAUGAAAAAGAGUCCAUCCGAAGAUUGAUCGCACGUUUGGUUACUUCCGACCAACCGGGUUGUCACCCUCUCAGCAGUCACGACAUCUUCCUCUACCCAAAAGGAAUGUGUGCCAUUGCGGCAGUGGCCAGGGCUUUAGUGCCUCUAGCCAUCGAUCGCUCUGAAGCGGUGGUUUAUGGAUGGCCAUAUGCCGAAACUCCACUUUGCGUUAAAGAGAGUGAUUACAAACGAUCUACCCUACUCAGUGCUGGAAGUAAAGAAGAGCUUGACGAGCUGGAGUCCUCCCUUGCUGCCGGUCGUCGCAUUCAAAUCUUGUUCUGCGAGGUUCCCUCCAAUCCACAAUUGCGGACUCCUGAUCUGCGUCGGAUUCAUGCCCUGGCUGCGCAAUAUGAUUUCAUUGUCGCGGUCGAUGACACACUCGGUACCUUCGUCAAUAUCGACGUUUUACCCUAUGUUGAUGUGAUUAUGACCAGCUUAACGAAGGUCUUUAGCGGCCUGUGCAAUGUGAUGGGGGGAAGCGUCGUGGUGAACCCCCAAUCGUCCCACUACACCACCAUCCACUCCGCCCUCACAGCUCUGUACGAAGAUAUCUACUUUCCUCUCGAAGCCAUAAUAAUGGCCCAAAACGCCUCCGACUUUGAACAGCGAGUCAAACAAUGUAAUGUUAAUGCUCUCGCAAUUGCUAAUCUACUCGCGACGCAUCCUUCAAUUGCCCAGGUGUACUACCCCAGCCUAGUACCAUCGCGACAGUUCUACGAUCAGGUGCGGCGCAAGGACGGUGGCUACGGAUAUUUGCUUAGCAUUGUUUUUCAUAAAUCAGAGACUGCCGUGCUCUUUUACGAUGCGCUGGACCUUUACAAAGGCCCCAGCGUUGGGACUAACUUCUCCCUGGCGAUCCCCUAUAGCCUGUUGGCGCACUUCCGUGAACAGGACUGGGCAGAAACCGAGGGCGGAAUCGACAAGCAUAUAGUCAGAAUCAGCGUUGGGCUAGAGAGAGAAGACCUCCUGAUUGCGAGAAUCCAGGAUGCACUAAUAGCGGCCACGGCGAGCCACUGA